AUGAUUAAGGCAUUUGCUUAGAAUUAUUUCAAAUCCCUAUCGGAGAGCAUUUGCUACGGUUUUGCAACAAAGAUGCAAGCCAGCUCAACUCAAAAAACUAAGGAUUCUGCAGGUAGGAGACUGGGAGUAAAGAAAUUUGGAGGAGAGGAAGUGUUUCCAAAUGACAUUUUAAUUAGACAAAGAGGGUUUAGAUGGAAACCUGGAUAGAACACUUCAGUGGGAAAGGAUCACACUAUUCAUUCUAAGGUCGAAGGUAUUGUGCAUUUCAGAAGGGAUCCUUAUAAAUUCAAGAAAACAUUUUAUGUUGAUGUGAUUCCAAGAGAGAAUCCCAAUAGAACUCACUAUCCUCCACCACCCUACAGUUAUCAUCCUGAGUUGUUUCCUGAGUUGGCCAAGAACAAUCCUGAGCCAAUUGUUUUAUUGAACAAAAGCGAAGAGAAAGUGGAAGUCUAAAUCAAACAACAAGGCUUCAAAAUUUCUGCUAAAUAAUACAAACCAAUUGAAAUCCCUGUUGAAUAUAAGCCAGAAUUUACGCUUUCCAAUUUGUAAUAACAGUUGAGUAUUCAUAAAUAGUGAUAAUAUAUUAAACAAUAUUUAAAUAUUCAUAAUAAA